AUGGUUUUGUCGCACACUACACAACAGACGUUCAAGUAUCUUCAGGUCUGUGCUCAAAACAUUGAAAAAGUUGCACCGGCCGCGAUCUGGAUACUCGAUUAUUUUUUGACUUUUGAACGUGAAGUCCGUCUGUUCAGCAACAUGAGCUGCUGGAACAUUGUCACCGUCAUGUUCAUCCUAGCUAGAUAUGCUCCCGUAAUAUGGAUCAUCACCGAAAUAUAUCGGGCAGUCGUCUGCCAGUCACUCUUAGCCCAUAUUCAGCAGAAACGGUAUGGACUUGAUGUGAACCUUAUUCAACGUAAUGAUGCUAAUGGUCUGCUUCUCGUGCGUAUACUUGCCUUAUGGAAUAACAACAGGAAGAUAAAGCUAUUUUUAUUGGCGAGCUACUUGCUUAUCGUCGUCGCCAUGGUCAUUUGCGAUAUACUUCUGGCGCUUCUGCUCGAAAGCAUAUGUGUGCCCACAUCGGCUCAGAUGGUUUCAGACUUUACGAAAAUGGAACACCUGAUAAUGGGCAAGUUUGGUAGCGCAGCACUGUUUGAAUUGAUAGUGAUUACUCUUACAAUGUAUCAUUCAAUACGACUACGGUCUGAUGGUAUACGCUCCAUCGGUAGAGUGGCGUCAACCUUGUUGAAGGGAAGUUUGCUAUAUGCACUGUCACUUCUUGUAAUUUCGAUUAUGAACAUAGUUUCUCUUUCUUUGCCGGCCUCAUCGCAGGAGCAGGGUGGAAUUAUAGUUGUGUUUCAAGGUGUCUUGCAUGGUGUCUUGGCCUCGCGCGUUCUUUUUGAUCUAAGGGAUCUGGGGGAUGCAGGUCAAGUUGAGGAACACGACUAUUUAUUUACCUCGUUUAUAUCCCUUCCUCGCACUCAGCCCGUAUCACCAAUGACUGUCUCACAUGCCGAAAGUAAUGCAUGAUUAUGCCUCACCGUGUACAACGUCAAUAUCGCACGCAUGUCGCAAUCCUGAAAAACAUAGCAACGGCUUGAACAAUCGCACCCUACAUAUGUUCAACGGAGGAUGAAUUGAAUGAUCCAGGAUGACGUUGUAUAUUCAUCCAUCGGAUAUGAGUAUUUUUUGAUCAGAUGUAUUUGGCGCGAAGAGUGAUGCGUUCUUUCCCCCUAGGGUUCUGAUGACAUCAUGGCCCGUUGACAUUGUAACUUCUGCAUCCGCACUGGGUCCGCAGGAACGUCGUAGGUAUGAUCGGAAAUCACCGCUGUUGAUAUCGAGGCGCGCACCUAGUAUUAAUAGCCAAAUAACUGCGGGAAAGAGUUGGC